GCAAUUGUUGUAGAAACGAGGCAGGAAACUGGCUGUUCUUGUUCUACCAUCAUUUCGAGACUCUCUCUCUUUAUUCUUUUAGCAAGGAUCAGAACGGAUAUGCUAGAGCUGCUACUCGCGGGAAUCAGACCUGAUGACUGAAGACAAGAAACCUAAGAAAGCUGGAGGAAAGAAGAAAGCAGCUGGUGGUAAGAAGAAAGGUGGCAAGAGGAAAGGCGGAAAGAAGAAGAAGGGAUCAUCAAAGAAGAACGCCAGCAAAGAGCCCAAGAAACCCGUUGAUCCAAUGGGUUCGGGAGCAAUGAAAAAUGCCUACUACAUAUGCCAUUCGGCUGUAGACUUCUUAGAAAAGAGAGGAUUCGGUUGGCCAGAGAAGCCAAAGACGAAGAAGAAAAGAAAGAAGAAAAAGAAGUAGAGAGUGAGAUGCAUGUGAAUGGUAGCAAGUAGUGUAGUAGAAAUCUUGCCAUAUGGAUAUAGCUCACUCCUGUCAACACUUUUGUAUCCGAUUUGUAUACCAAUCUAAGAUUAAUUAAAUUAUUAAUAUAUUUUUGGUAUGUGUAG